CGAGAUGCACUUUGCCCGCAGGGAGUCCCCGUCGAGUGUUUGGAGUGUAAAGGGCCGAUCCGACAUCGUCGCCGUCGCCGCGGACGUGGACUGGUGGAAUCAAUCGUCGGGUACCGUGGGUAACCGGGCCGAGACUUUCAUCCUGGGCAUGCGAAAUGGAGGGAUGACCCUGUUUGAUAUCCGGGAAAUCGCCCCGAUGCGGCAGCCGUUUGGGACGGCGUCCUCCUACGUAACCCACAUGCACGCGAUGCGAACUUGCCCGGGGCAGGUUAUCGUGUCCACCGCAGACGGCGGACUGACUCGAUGGGACGUACGAAGUCUACGAAGCCCCGUGGGAACCUACCGCGAGGGGUCCCCACACAACUUCUUCAACACCGUGCCGGACGCCAGGGGUUGGGAAUACGAGGACGGUCCCAGCGUGAGGGUGUACGCGGCUGGCGGAAGGCAGCUCAGGUCGUUCGUGCCCACCGCGUGCCUCGGUGAGAGUGGGUUCGCGUCGUUGGAGGUGUGGUCGGCGCACGGAAUGGCGCAGGACGCCCAGAUGGCUGGGUAGCGUUACGUGGUUCCAGUCAAACGGGUG